GCGAGUCACCAGCCAUCACAAGAACUUCCACCGCCACACUCACAUGAUCAUUACAUCCCUCUCAAAACCAGAAGCGAGCCAGUUUGUGUGCGACCCUACCGAUACCCUGCAUACCUGAAAGAAGAGAUCGAGAAACUCAUUGCUGAAAUGCUGGCGGCAGGUAUUAUUCGAAAUAGCCAAAGUCCCUACUCAUCUCCAGUGUUGAUGGUAAAAAAAAAAAAACAGGAUGGAACAUGGUGGAUGUGCGGGACUACAAGGCCUUAAACCAGACGACCGUGAAGGAUAAGUUUCAUAUUCCAUUUAUUGACGAACUGCUAGAUGAGCUCCAUGGUGCCCAAGUAUUCUCCAAAUUGGAUCUCAGGUGUGGCUAUUGGCAUAUCCUAGUGGCUCAAGAAGACAUUCCCAAAACUGCAUUCAAAACGCACCAAGGCCACUAUGAGUUUUUGGUGAUGCCCUUCGGUCUUUCCAAUGCUCCCUCUACCUUCCAGUCACUCAUGAACGAGGUAUUCAAACCAUUCUUAAGGAAGUUUGUGCUUGUAUUUUUCGAUGAUAUUCUGGUAUAUUCACCCACCAUUGAAGAACACAUGAAGCAUCUUGAGGCUGUCUUCCAAACGCUGCGGGCACACCAUUUAUAUGUGAAGAAGGAGAAGUGCAGCUUCCUUCAAUCCAAAAUCCAUUAUCUGGGCCACUUAAUAUCCCCUGAUGGAGUAGCAGUAGACGAAGGGAAGAUCCAAGCAAUGUUGGAAUGGCCCCAGCCUAAGAUGCUUAAGGCCUUGAGGGGAUUUUUGGGACUGACCGGUUAUUAUCGGAAGUUCAUCCGUGACUAUGGGAAGAUUGCAGCACCUCUCACGGACAUGCUGAAGAAGGACAACUUCAAUUAGACGCCAUCAAGUGCAACAACAUUUCACCAUCUCAAGGAAGCCAUGACUACUGCCCCGGUACUUACUUUACCAAAUUUCAACAGCCUUUUAUUGUUGAAUGUGAUGCCUCGGGUGUUGGAGUCAGUGCGGUGUUGAUUCAAAAUCAGCGACCACUAGCUUCUUAGCCAAGCUCUACAUGGGAGGAACCUCACAGCAUCGACAUAUGAGAAGGAAAUGCUAGCUUUGGUACUAGCAGUAAGGAAAUGGAGAUCUUACCUACUUGGGCGACGAUUUAUUGUGAGAACUAACCAGCGAAGCCUCCGGUACUUGUGGGAGCAACGUAUCACAACGGCGGCUCAAGAGAAGUGGUUGUCAAAGCUGAUGGGUUUUGAUUUUGAAAUCGAGUAUAAGAAAGGUGCUGAAAAUCG